GACUCUUACAAAAAUAAUAACAUGAGAUGAAUUUAAGGAAUUUAAACACAGGUUUUAGUUUGUUUUCAACCGACUGAGAGCAGACUAAAGUAAUUGUCGCGCUAAUCUUCAAGAAGAUGAAGUCCAAGAAAAUGCAACGAUGACGAAAAUACUGCCGAUGGUUUCAGGAAAAUUUCAACAGACUAUGAAAGCGGUCGGCUUAUACAGAUAUUUGCCAAUAUCUGAUGAGAACAGUCUGAUCGAUUUGGAAUUAAAAUUACCAAAAGUGACAAAAACUGAAGUAUUAGUGGAAGUAAAAGCUAUUUCAGUUAAUCCUAUAGAUACAAAAAUCAGAGCUCCUAAGCCUUACAUUGAAACUUAUCCAAGAAUUCUCGGUUGGGAAGGGGCCGGAACAGUUGUCGCUACAGGCAAAGAAGUAAAUAUUUUUAAUUUAGUAGACGAUGUAUAUUUCACGGGAGACCUACGUAAAAAUGGUUCAAAUGCUCAAUAUGUAGCUCUCGAUCAAAUAUUUAUUGGUCCAAAACCAAAAAACCUGACCUUUGAACAAGCAGCUGCUAUGCCGUUCACAACUGUAGCAGCUUUUGAAGCACUUUACGAUCGCCUUUUACUUACGCAUAAAGAUAAAGGCAAGUCCCUACUUAUAAUAAACAGUGGCGGUGGAGUUGGCUCCAUAGCUACACAGUUAGCUGCUAAUUUGAAACUCAAAGUGAUUGGAACAGCUUCACGUCUCGAAACAGAAGAGUUUUCAAGAAAAAAUGGAGCUCAAAUUGUGCUAAAUCACACAAAAGAUUUGCUUCCACAACUAAAAGCUAAAGGAUUUGGCAAUGGUGUUGAUUUCAUUUUAGUUAAUAAUAAUCCUUAUCCUUAUUGGGAUGUACUGAUACAAGCUAUUAAACCAAAAGGAAAAAUAUGUCUCAUUGUUGAUAAUAGUGGAUUGGUAGACAUAAAGCCACUCAAAGACAAAAAAGUAGCAUUAGUGUCUGAGAUGAUGGCCACAAAAAUGAACUAUGACACCAAAGAUAAAGCAAGACAUAAUGAGAUCUUAAAAAUUGCAUCAAAAAUGUUUGACAAUGGAACACUAAGACCUACGGUCACAAAAACUUUGUCACCAAUUAAUGCUGCCACUUUAAGAGAGGCUCAUAGACUCAUAGAAGAAAAACGAUUAGUUGGAAAAUUAGUUUUAUCAGGAUUUUAAAAUAAAACUCAAGAGUAUUUUUGUUUGAAAUAAA